CUAGAUAAGGCAGUCGCACUGCCGGAGGACAAGAUGAAUUGCAUCAUCAAUGGCAUCAGGAGCAAGGCCCACAUCACUCUCCUGCUGUUCUACCAUCAUAGGCCCCUGGCCAGCAAAAGCAAGGUCGCAGAGAGAGCCAUGGAGGCAAUCAGCCACCUCUUCAUCCUCCUACCCUUGACCAAGCUUGAGAGGCAGGUGACCUGGCUCAUCCAGUGGCUGAGCAAUUUAACAUCCUUAGAUGUCAGGCCGUUCUACAUCUGUCAGUGUCUCUGCCACGUUCUGGAGGAACUCUACCAUAGGAGACAAGGAGAUACCUUGCUGAGGUCCCAGGCACGGAAUGUUGCUGCCAUCCUGCUAGAGCAGAUGCGUGAUGAUGACAGAGAGCCCCCAGCUGUCUCUUUACAGAGCCACAGCCUAGCCCAGAGAGCUUUCUACUCCCUGAGCCAGUUAAGCAGGGAUCCUGUGUUCCAGCUUCUUAAGGAAGCAGUGAAAUCUGCAGAUGAAAGAACAGCUAUGUCUGCCCUUGAGGCCUUCAGGGUGGUGGUGCCUGGAGUGCCCCUGACAGAGGAGCUGAAGACGGAGGUGAUGGACUCCAUCCUAUCAGUGAUUGAGAAGGACCAAAGACCAGUGCGUGUGGCUCUCCUGAGAUUCCUUGAGGUGCUGGGCCACCAUCGAUACCUGGACCUUACUCAAGGUGGCGUUGUUAUGGACUAUGUCCUCAGUAUCAUCAUGGCAGACCCAUCAAAUGAAGAGGACAUAUGCUGCCGAAGCAUGUGUUUAAAGAUCCUGCAGAUGGUGCCCUUGCCUGAGCUGCUCAGCCUGAUAUGUGAGCCCGACCACACCUCGGCCUUCGUGGUGCUGAGUGAGAGUGCCACGGAGGUGGCUCUGAGGGCCCAGGCCCAGGGCAAGACCCCCGACAUCAGCAGAAUCCACCACAGAACAUUUGAGCUCAUCUCCCCACAGGGCCUCCUCAUCCAUCUUGUGCUGUGCGCCCUGAAGCCCUACAGGGGAGACAGGUUUGGAGUCAGCGCCCUGCGGCUCCUCCUCACCCUGAAUACGGCCAUGCACGAAAGUGUGGGCCCACUGUGGGAGAAGGAGAUCCCCGAGAUGCUGGAGAUGCUGUAUGAGCACACAGAGAGAUGCCUGGAUCAGGACGCGUGGGAGGCCAGGCUGCUCCAGUUUUCCAGCCAGUCAUUGCUGGCCAUCGAGGAUGUCCACUGGCUGGAGGAAUUCACACUGACCAUCCUGGAGAGGACACAGGAUGGCAGGGACGAGGAAGAGCAGAAGGCUUUCCUGUACAGAUUAUUUGGCUUCACCCUGCGGACCUCAAGGAAUCUGAAACUGGUACAGAAGAUGCUGCCUGCCAUGCUAAACACCUCCCAGGAGGAGCCGGAAGAGAGGGAGGGCAUCGCCAAGGCACUAGCUGUUGUGUCCCUGGGACACCUGGCGGUGGUUCUGGAUGAACUGGAAGUGUACGGCACUAAACUCACUGACAGGGACACGUCGUCCAUCCUCAAACUGGCCAAGGAGUAUCAGCCAAGGGAGUGGGGGCUGGUCUGCCACACCAUCUACCUAAGCUACGGCAUGAUGAUGUCUGUGGCCAAGGACACCCUCUCCUGCCCUGUGGACACCAUCCUGGCCUUGGCCGUGCAGCAUUACCAGGAGUGCAUUGUGAAGAAGGACAAGACUCUGAAACUUGAGUACCUGGAUGCCCUGACCCAGAUGACAAGCAUCCUGAGCACCCAGCCCAUUCCACUGUCAUGCAAGUUUCCCCACAAACAGGACCUUGUGACCUCCAUGGCGGUAAGCACCACUCAGGAGGCGGGGCAGAGAGCAGGGCGGAGGGAGGACGGUCCCCAGGGAAAGCCUCAGUAGGGUUACUAGGCCAGGCCUGGAAGAGAGAAGCCCAGAGUUUCCAGCCUUUUGUUCCUGCUGCCAUCCUUCUUUUCCAUGCUCCAGGUGGGGGUGAGUACUGUGGGGCGAGGUUGGGAGUGGAGGGGGUGCUGUCCCCGUGAUCCUGCUCAUUGGAAGUCCCUGGAGGUUUCAGGUCUCACCUUCUAGUGAGCAGGGCCUGGGGUGGGAGGAGGGAGAGGAAGGUGAGAUGAGCAUGUUCAUGGUCCUCCUGGUCUCUGGGGUGGGGUGUCACAGGCGCUAAUCAGGGAGGAGCCACUGGACUGCAUCUCUAGCUCCAUUAGGCAGAAGGCAAUGAACGUCAUCUCUGACCUCAGGUAGCAACCUGCCACUGCUCUCUGCCUUCCCUCCUCUGGCUUGAGUUCUGCCCUCUUCCCUGGUGCCUCUCCACCUCUCAUCUUCUGCUUCACCUUUUUUUUUCCCCCAUUAUUAUUUUAUCAAAUCAUAGCUAUGUACAUUAAUGCGACCAUGGGGUACAAUAUGCUGUUUUUUUAUACAAUUUGAAAUAUUUUCAUCAAACUGGUUAACAUAGCCUUCACGGCCUUUUUCUAAGUUAUUGUGUUAAGACAUUUAUAUUCUACAUUUAGUAAAUUUCACAUGUACCCUUGUAAGAUGCACCGUAUGUGUAGGAGAGCCCUCAGGCAGGAGUGGACACUUUCUGCCCUUUCUUUUCUUAAGGGUUUGUGGGUGGGAUGUCGU